AUGGGUACCUUGACGGAAGUAUUCUCCAAUUUCCUCCUCUUCUUUUUGGUGUUUGGCAUGUCUGCCACUGUGGACAUUGACAAGUUGAGGAAGCAACUGUCGAACCGUCAUGCCCUCUUGACAGGUGUUUCUCUCCAGUUCUUGAUCCUGCCUUUUGUGGGAUUUUUAAUUGUCAAGAUAUUUGGAUUCCCAGCGCCUGUGGGCAUCACGCUGUUGGUAGUUACAUCCAGUCCUGGUGGAAGUUAUAGCAACUGGUGGUGCAGUCUCUUCAAUGCAGAGCUUGCCUUGAGCGUCACCAUGACGGCUCUCAGCACAUGCUUGGCCGUCAUUAUGCUACCCGUCAAUCUGGUCAUUUAUGCCUCGGGGAGUUACUCAAGUGCGGUCGUCAAAUCCCUCGAUUGGUACGCUCUUUUCAUGAGUAUCUUUGUCGUCAUUGGAGGCAUCAGCAGUGGCCUCUUCUGCUCGGCCUAUUACAAAGACAAUCCCGAAAAGUCGCAUCAAAUGCACAAACUGGCCAAUCGAUUUGGGAAUGUGGCGGGGCUGGCACUCAUCACAUACUCCAUUACCGUGUCCUCCAGUGACCACAAGGCGGCUUUGUGGGAUCAGGAUUGGACCUUCUUUGUCGGUAUCGCCACUCCGGCAUUGGUGGGCAUCGUGACGGCCACGUUUUUGGCCACUCGAUUCGACCUGGAAAAGCCAGAGCGCGUAGCCGUGGCGGUGGAAUCGAGCUAUCAAAAUACAGCCUUGGCAACCAGUGUGGCAGUAGUAAUGUUCGACGGGAACGAAGAUGAUUUGGCCACGGCCAUCAGUGUGCCUCUUUACUACGGAAUGGUAGAGGCCGUCAUGCUGGCCAUCUAUUGUCUAAUCUGCUGGAAGCUUGGAUGGACCAAAGCGCCUUCGGACGAAAAAUUGUGCGUCGUCUUGGCAACAUCAUAUGAAGUGGAAAACCAGGAGGCCGAGGAACAGGCAGAUUCCAUUGGUGUUGUCUUGGGAGAUAUUUGUCAUUCGGAAAACAACUCAGACUUGGAAAAGGCGGACGUGGUGACGCCAUCCAAGCCACCGCUCAUUUUUGUGGCACAUGCGGACAAGAUUGACGAUGAGGUUGGAGGGGAUGGACCUGUCGUUCUGAGAAAGGCCGAUGGUGCAAUCGUGGCAGAGUCCGAUUGUCUGAGUACUCGAGAACGGGAAGACAUGAUGCUACAAGAGGGAAACUCUAGUUGUAAGAAACGGUUGUCGUUCCGAUCGCAUGAACCUUUGUCUCCUGGAGGAAGCUCCGACUCGGAUGGCGGGGACCAAGACAUGGACGGAAGCAAUGGUCGCGAUGUCAAAGCAAAACAAACAGGGCGGUUGGGUAAGACUAUCUCGUUUGUCAAAGCCCGAGCAACCGGAUAUAGACGGGCUCCAAUACCAAACGGAGACGGGGACGUCGACGAUUGUGAUAUCCCACCACAGCGGGAACCGCCAACGGCAAUCCCAGAGUCCGGAGAGCUUCCACAUCGAGAAGCUCUCUGUGAGAAUCGGGUGAGGUCCUUGUCAGAGGGAUCACCGCAGGGCACAGAUGACGACCCUGGCGAUCCGCAAGUGGCCGUCGCCGCAGAUCUAAGCCAAGUGCAAGAAGAAGCCUCCACUGACGCAACGCCUGCGGAAGGGAAGACAAUCGACUAG